AUGUGACAUAUCGGCUCACAGAUCGGGUUUCUAAAACUUUGUGUUGUUGUCAACGAAUUCUUUUGGCGACUUGAACACCAUUCAUAUUGCUUGAUAUAUAUAGGUGGUUUUUCUGAUUAUUUAGAUGUAUUCUGGUAUAGGCUGUUGCAAAUCGCCGGCCUAAACUCGAAGAAAACUUUUGCUCUGAAAUUUUUGGUACUUAUUGAGUUGUUGACGUCUAAGCGCAUUUUCUGAUUCAAGAUGGACCUCCAUUGUCUGAGUAAAUACUUCAUCUUUACUCUGAACUUCAUAGUUUGGGUUGUUUCCAUCGUGUUUAUUGGGGUGGGGUCCUGGGCACAUUCUGAGAAGGACAUGUACAACACCAUGGGGAACUUGGUGGCAAGCCCAUCAAUCAUCCUUAUUGCGGUGGGCAUCUUUAUGUUCCUGGUUGCAUUCUGUGGAUGUAUUGGCGCUCUCCGGGAAAACAGAGUUCUUCUUAAAAUUUACAUGGUGGUGCUAGCUGUCCUCUUCACAUCAGAAAUAAUUGCUGGAUUCUUGUCAUUUUUCUUUGUUGAGGAGACUAGAAGCAAAGUGUCUUCAGCCAUCAAGCUCUUUGUGGUCCAUUAUCAAGAUGACCUAGACCUUCAAAAUGCCAUAGAUGGGAUUCAGAGUAACCUCAAGUGCUGUGGUGGUUACUCUUAUCACGACUGGAAUCAUAACAAGUACUUCAAUUGUAGUGCGCAGGCUGUCGAGGCAUGUGGUGUUCCGCAUUCAUGCUGUGUUGAGGAUCAGAUUAAUACUCAGUGUGGAUUUGGAGUUCGUAGAGAAAAAAGCGUACUAGAAGCAUCUAGCGUAAUCUACGUCAGGGGGUGUGUCGAUAGCUUAUCUGACUGGAUGGUGGAGAACCUGCACAUUAUUGGCGGACUUGCAUUUGGUUUCGCCGCAAUUCAGUUGCUGAGUAUUUUAGGAGCGAGUAAUCUCAUCAAGGACAUCGAGCAGGCGAUCGCCAUCAGCGAUAAGCUGCACGCAGAUGCGCAUAACGACUUUGUCUACACGUAAACUCACGCAGAUGCGCAUAACGACUUUGUCUACACGUAAACUCACGCAGAUGCGCAUAACGACUUUGUCUACACGUAAACUCACGCAGAUGCGCAUAACGACUUUGUCUACACGUAAACUCACGCAGAUGCGCAUAACGACUUUGUCUACACGUAAACUCACGCAGAUGCGCAUAACGACUUUGUCUACACGUAAACUCACGCAGAUGCGCAUAACGACUUUGUCUACACGUAAACUCACGCAGAUGCGCAUAACGACUUUGUCUACACGUAAACUCACGCAGAUGCGCAUAACGACUUUGUCUACACGUAAACUCACGCAGAUGCGCAUAACGACUUUGUCUACACGUAAACUCACGCAGAUGCGCAUAACGACUUUGUCUACACUUAAACUCACGCAGAUGCGCAUAACGACUUUGUCUACACGUAAACUCACGCAGAUGCGCAUAACGACUUUGUCUACACGUAAACUCACGCAGAUGCGCAUAACGACUUUGUCUACACGUAAACUCACGCAGAUGCGCAUAACGACUUUGUCUACACGUAAACUCACGCAGAUGCGCAUAACGACUUUGUCUACACGUAAACUCACGCAGAUGCGCAUAACGACUUUGUCUACACGUAAACUCACUCUUCUUGGCCAGAAAACGUCUGCAUGUCAACCGACGCGUGAAGACACGAAUGACGUCUACAUCAACUCGUGAACACACGCGUGAAAACGCGAAUGACAUUUACAUCUACACGUGAUGACACGCGUGUAGGCCCAACGUCUACGUAUCAACCCACGCGUAAAAACACGUAUGGUGUCUUCAUCUGUGCACGAACUCGCGUGAAGCUGCGAAUAAGGGCUAUAAAUCUAAACGUCAACACACGCAGGGAGCCUUAAAAGAAAUAAUGCGUCUACACGUUAACUCACGCGCGAGAGCACAAAUAGCUGCUACAAAAUCUAUAGGUGAACUCUUGCGUUAAGCCGCAAAAUGUAGAAAUAAUUGCGUGAGGCAAUCCCCAUCAACAACAAGCUACUCGCAGUUACACACGGUUAAGAAAACUAUACAUGCCGACCGACAAGCUUCAACCAAUUUCAAGCAAAUUGUUUUACAUGAUCUCACACGCGAUACACUAGGUACCAUAGUCUCGUUCGUUUACACGCGCGGUCUCGUGACACUACAGUUCUCAUACAAAGCAAUGGCCAGGGGUUUGUCUAUAGAUAAAUGCAGACUGGGAUCCAGCAGUAAUUCACUGACUUAGGAAUGGUUUGGAAAUGGCAGCUACUUCUCAUUAUACUUCACAAACCAUUUCGUAUCCGGAAAAUAAGUCACUACACACAUCUACAUAUCAGCGUUUUCUAUCCAAAUACACAGAAAAGUCAAAACUCAAUCACAUUCUAAACUAUUCGAGUCAUCUAGUCAAUCUAUUCGUCGGGUACCCACGUAAUGUCUCAUUUCUCCGAAUAAGUACUCGUCCUUGAUGCCGUACGCACAUCCUAAGGCAGACGUACUUUAGGGGAGUUGUUUUUUUAAAAGGAGUGUGGUCUCGCACGAGCAUCAGUGCCGUAACAUGUAUUGCAACAGGUCUUUUUUAUGGUGAUAAAGAUGAUAGCAAUGGUAGAGUGGUUUUCAAAAACCCGUGAAAUACUUGAUGAUAGAGUGGUUUUCAAAAACCCAAAACUAUUUAGUUUAUUAAGUACUACAGGGUCAUACCUUUGUUCUCUUUUGUUCUGGCUUGACUAUUACACCCAGAGUGGUUUUCAUAAACCCGUGAAACAAAGUGUGAUAGUCAAAGGGUAAUUGUCAGUAAAACACAAAAGGGAACAAUAGAAUCAGAUCACAACAAAGUGUAAUACGCUAAAGCGCAGUUAAUAAAAAUCACUCUAAACUAUUACAUUUUGUUGCACGGGAUUUUAAAAACCAAUCUAGUGCUUGGAUAAAGAUAGAAAGUAAGUACCACAUUAAUAUAUUGUAAUUAAAUUUUUCUAAUAAAUACAUAAUGUGAAACUGCAAAUAAUUCGAGCUUAUAUAAAUAAAUAUACUUUAUACCCUAAA